AAGUCUUGACACCUUUCAGUAGUAGUGUCUUAUGUUUCAUAGUUUCUUGUUAAAAUAAAAAAAAAUCUUAAAUUUAAAAAGAUUAUUAGUCUCUGUGAGUUGCCUAGCAUACGAAUGAACCGUGCAAUCGUAAAUAUAGUCUUUGAUACAUCGUGAUAAUACAAACGUUCCGUUCGAAAGAAUUCGCAAUUAAUUCAUGUUAGUGCGUCAAAUAAAGACAAUUCAAUUUGCCUUUUUUUUCGUGAGAACUCAUCGGAUUUUUCGUAAGCUUAACAGUGAAAAAUAGCGGAAACCAUGCAACUUCAACGAAUUAACCUAGUGAUUUUAUUAAAUUAUCUGUGAUAAAUGAGUCGAACAAUUUGCCAAUAACCGUUUUGACUGUGACUGAAUAGCAUUUAUUGAAUAAAAGUCUUCGUAACUUCGGUUUUUAUUCGCCAACAAUUUUAGAUAAAUAGUUUUGACAACACUUCCGAAGAUCAAUCGACUAUUUUUUAUGUCUUCCUGCAACUGAAACGCACCACAAAACGGCCAUGUCAAAUCAUUCCCAAUCCCAACCGGAUCCGAAUUAUUUACUGCGAUUGCAAAACCUUCGCAUCGAUGACUCAAAUCGUACAAGGUCAAUGAACAUACCCUCCGAACCAGCGGACCUUAUCGAAACGAUAACGAGAGACGGUCAACAGCACAUAAACACACGCAAAUAUGUACCUUUCGACAGAAAUAACAUAAUUUCGGCAUCAAAAUUCAAUAAUUCCAAAGCCACCGACGCAUUUGCUUCGGCAAAACAGAGUGUACCGCUAGGAUCGGUAUACUUGGGCACAAAUAGUCCAACCCAUUCGCUAAGCGGUUCGUCGCAUUCGGAAAGCCCGAGAGCCAGUUUAAUUGGUGGUAUUGGCAACCAUGACGCAAGGACUGCACCGCUAAUUUACGAGAACAUUGAAUAUUGUACUUACACAACACCACCAUUAGACAACACAUAUUAUGGUAGUUUUGAGUCGACCAAUCGGAGGGCACAGCCACAAGUACCUACAAAUGGUUUGCAACAAUCAACCGGUCGUUAUGCCCAUACGCCACAGCCCGAUCCGGAUCCAACGCCAAUUUACGAAAAUCUGCAAUCCAUCACCGGACAACGAGCCCAGCCUCAAGUGACGGCAUCAAGGAAAACGAUCCAGUAUGGCAGCGACAGUAUCGGCGGGUAUGUUCCACCAAACAUUCAGACAGAGUCGCCAUACCGAGUUAUGGCACCCGCUAUUCCAGUUAAAAGAAACAAUGGUAGCACAGCACAUUCCCAGGGUUUGAACACAACUCCGAAAGUACAACCAAUGACUGCUCGUGCGUCUGUACAGCAGCAGUCCCCGCGACAUAAUCAAAUUCAAGUAAAGCCAAACAUUCCAGACGUUAAGCAAAAGCCCGCUGCUUACGAUUAUCAUCUUCCGCCAAAGUAUUCGUCAUAUUUGCCCUCAUACGAACAGAAACCUCAGCUGACAAUACCGACAAAUGUCUCAAUGAAUCCGAAUUACAUUGAUGACAUCGGAUCCGAUUACGUUUGUAUGACAGCUAAUCAAAAACCACCAGCCCUCGUAUACGCCCAGAAGGCGGUUACAACCACUAUUGCAACAUCUUCGUCUGUCGGAAGUCCAAAGCACAUAUCGUCCACAGCACCAACCGAUGCAUCAUCCCAUCAGCAGCGCCAGUCACAAGAUAUUGUUUUACCGUCAGUAUCACCAACACCAUCGCAAAUUAGCUCGGAAAGUGGAUCUGGAAAGCACAAAAUGUUGACGAAAAAUCUGCUACCUUACAACGUAACGCCUCCUCGUCCUGCUGGUCCAACCGAAGCGCAAUUAAAAGUCGAAGAAUUGACGCGCCAGUUGGAAGAAGAAAUGGAGCGGAACGAGGAACAAGGAGAGUAUUUCGGUAUUUGUCAUACGUGUGGUGAUAAAGUGACUGGUGCCGGUGCUGCUUGUCAGGCCAUGGGUAAUUUGUACCAUACAAAUUGCUUUAUUUGCUGUUCGUGUUCCCGGGCGUUGAGAGGCAAGGCAUUUUACAAUGUGCACGGAAAAGUUUAUUGCGAAGAAGAUUAUAUGUAUUCUGGAUUUCAACAAACAGCCGAGAAGUGCGCAAUCUGCAAUCAUUUGAUUAUGGAGAUGAUUUUACAAGCAAUGGGCAAAUCGUAUCAUCCGGGCUGUUUCCGCUGUUGUGUGUGCAAUGAAUGUUUGGAUGGAGUUCCGUUCACUGUGGACGUCGACAAUAAAAUUUAUUGUGUCAACGACUAUCACAGUAUGUUUGCCCCCAAAUGUGCUUGCUGUGGAACAGGAAUAACUCCAGUUGAAGGUACCGAAGAAACGGUGCGCGUGGUGUCAAUGGAUAAAGACUUUCACGUCGAUUGUUAUAUUUGCGAAGAGUGUGGCAUGCAACUGACUGACGAAUCGGAUAAAAGAUGUUAUCCGUACGAGGGCCGAUUAAUGUGCCGUUCGUGUCAUUUGCAAAAGCUUGCGAUGCAAGCACCCAAUAGUCGAGUUGCCGAACCAGUUUGCGCAACGUAUCAAUACAUGGGUUAGUUUUAUGACAUAAAAUAUUUCUCCAACGAAACGAAACGAUGAAUUAGCCUCUUACCAAUAUUAGCCGGAUGUAAAUGCUUUUUAAGUCUAAGCCAAAUGAAAUCAGUUGAUUUGAUUUGUACACAUAAUUCAGCAUAUUUUAUGGUCCAACUAUUUUUCGUUUGUACCGAAUAAUUGAAGGGAUGUUUGACCUCUUUAAUGAAAAACCAAAGUUUCUUUAAAAAAACUUCUAGCUCCUCUAAGUACGAAGAUCGAGCUAGAGCACAAAUACAACGAACGAAUUAACGAAAGCACUCAUUGAGUUCACGUGGCUCCUAAACUCUGGUUCCUUCCUGUCCAUUCACUGAAUCCAUUUUCGUUACUUUUUUGGUAGAGUCAAGCCUACAUCACCUAACACUGUCUGCUUUAGGCUCUGAACAGGUCAAAUUCAGAUCGUACAAAAUUACCACUCGGUGUACUCGGCUAUUACGUCAAAGGUGGCGUGAUUUGUUUUAAGAGUUAAUGAUUAUUGCAUAUGUUACAUAUGUCGAUGCUUACGGCGGAAACGUAUUAAAGUCUCAAUAUUUAAUCAGGUUCAAUCUAAUUUGACAAUAUAAAACUUGAAUUGAUUAAAUAUGUUAAACCUCAUUACGUCUUCUCCUGCAGCACAGGCCAGUGAAACGGAAAGUUAACGAAAACAUUUCAGGCCCACUCCGAUCUACUAACGAGUCUCCUACAGGGAUCAAUCAAGUCUAUUUUUGCAUAAACUGAAUUGAACCUGUUCAAAGACUAAUUCUUUGAGCAUUUAAAGACAAAUUUUGAGAUGGCCGUGGACGAAAUCUAACGUCCGUUGGUCUCAAUCCUUCAUUUUAUUCCGUACAUAUUCGUGAAUACAAAACGCAUAGAUCGGUCCCCAAAGAACUUAUAUAGACUGAUAUUCAAUAUCCUUCUAUUAGUGUUCUUUGCCAGACCCCACGGCACUUUGAGUACCUUAUAAGAUCACAGUUUAAAAUGUGUGUCAUAUUAUUACAAUACCAGAAUCUUUUGAGUCCUAGAAUGGACCAUACCGAACGAGGGUUGGCUAAAGGAAAUGUGUAUCUCGGCUGUCACACAUCGUAGAAAAUCGAGUUGGGUUUGAAAAUGAUGAAUGAAAAUUUAAAUUACAAAUUUUUAUUGAAGCGUGCCGUGACGUACGAGUUAAAAAUCCGAAAAUUAAAGUUGUCUGGCACAACAGAUCUUAAAAAAAUAUUUUUAAAUUUGAUUCGUUAUUUUUGGCACAACAUUCUUCUGAAAUCAACUUUGAUUUUCUUCGAAGCCUCGUUAGGGUCCUUCUAGGACUCAAAAGUAAAAGUGGUAGAACAAAGGUUUUUCGUUUCGGGUAAUGCAAUAAAAUGGCACCAGUUUCAAACCGUAGACUUAUGAAUUACUCAAAGUUCCGUAGAACCUUGGUCUACUAGAUUCACUAAAUUUAAAGCGUCAUAUUGUAGCCAACUCAUUCGCUAGUUUUUGAGCCCUGCUGAAAGAUCCUGCCGAUUAUCAAACUUAAUCUAAUUCAACUAAUUCAUUUGGUUGUCAACCGUAUGACUCAUAACUCAUAACAAAUGUGAAAUAAACAAGAUGAUGAAAACAUUU